AUGCUGGAAGACGCCGACGGAUUGUCCCCUGUAACAACGUUUAUCGAGACUGUGAACUCUACAGUUGAUCCACAACUGCUCUACCAAUGCAUCGAUGAAGAUGCCGUAGUCAUCGAAGUAACCUUCGGCCCUCGUGGCUCCAUUGCCUUUGCACUGACUCGAGAAGGCUUCAACAAAUACACUACGGACCAACACGCACAGUCGACAUGCGCAGACCAACCAUGCGGAUAA